AUGGUUGGUAUGACUAGGGGUAGCUUAAGAUUUUUUAAUUACUCCUCCUCUUUUCAGAACAAUAUCGCCUUUCAUAAAAAUUUUUCAAAGGAUGGCAACCAGAACCUAUUUCAUAUAACAAAAAGGUUUUUGAAUGUUACAGAAUAUCAUGGUAUGAACAUACUAAAGAGGCAUGGUGUCAAGGUCCCACUGAAUAUGCUAGCUAAGUCCUCUGAGGAGGCAGAGGAGAUUUCCCGCAAAAUUCUCGAUUCUUCUGAUUCUAAAAAGUUAAUCAUUAAGGCCCAGGUGCUAGCUGGUGGUAGGGGGAAAGGAACAUUUUUAAAUACAUCCUUCAGCGGUGUAGAGGUUGCAACCUCACCAAGCGAGGUGAAGACUUUUGCAAAGGGCAUGAUUGGAAACGUGCUGAAAACUAAGCAGACCACUUCUGGUGGAAUAUUGUGUAACGAGGUCCUCGUUGCAGAGAAAUUAGACUUGGUAAAAGAGCGCUAUUUAGCUUUUAUGUUAGAUCGUCAGUCUGGUGGUAUCCUAGCCAUCGCUACAAAGCACGGUGGAGGCAAUGUCGAGGAAAUAGCGGAGAAGGACCCAAGUGCAGUAUUAAAGUGGCCCAUAUGUCCAUUGACUGGAAUAACUGCUGAUGACAUUGACAAGAUUGUGAAGCAUUUGGACUUUUCCAGCAAGUUGGAUGCACAGGCUAAGGAGAUCGUUUCUAACUUAUUCAAGGCUUUUGUGAAAUCUGAUGCCUUGCUGUUGGAGAUAAAUCCCAUAGCUGAGACCAGUGAUGAGAAGAUAUUAGCUUGCGAUUCCAAGGUGACCGUUGAUGACAAUGCAAAGUAUAGACAAACUGAGAUUUUUGAGAAAUCCCCGGCAAAUCUCACUCAUGAAGAGGCUGAGGCUGAUAAAGUUGGAUUAAACUACAUUUCUUUGGAUGGAAACGUUGCUUGUAUAGUUAAUGGUGCUGGGUUGGCCAUGGCUACAUUGGAUUUAAUUCAAUAUCAUGGAGGUGCUCCCGCUAACUUUUUGGAUGUUGGUGGAAAUUCAACUGGUGCAAUGCUUUCUAAGGCUCUUGAUAUUGUUAACAAUGAUCCAAAUGCCAAGGUUUUGUUGGUAAAUAUUGUCGGAGGAAUUGUUCAUUGUGAUAAAUUUGCCACAUCUUUUAUUGAGGCAAGCAAACGCUUGGAGAAGCAGCUUCCUGUAGUCAUACGUUUGCAGGGUACUAGAGCUGAUAUUGCUAAAAGGCUUCUCAACGAAUCUAAUAUACCACACUUGUUUUGCUUAGAUUUUGAUUCUGCAGCUAAAUCCGCUGUUGAAAUUGCGAAAUCUGCAUAA